GAAAAAUGAAUAUUUUAGAUUAGAUUCUUGUUGAAUGAAUUACAUUGAAAGGGAGAAAAAAUUGAAUUUACAUUCUGUAUUUAUUUCUGCUAUGCAGAUUUCAGGAUUUCCUUUUACUUUCAUCCUGUCAUCCUGUUUAUUAUGGUUAACUAAUAUUACAAAGGAGACUGGGGUUUUUCGGCUUUAAAAGUUUACAAUUGGACUCUUUAUUCUUUUUAGGAAGUGGGUAAAAUGAAAAGUUUGAUUUUGAAUGCUUCUCAAUAUCUUAAAUGUUAAGAUUUUCAUCUCAUGCUGUAACUGCCGAACGUUUCAUAAAUUUCUACGAAUCACUAUAUUUGUUUUAUACCUAGCUAUUGUCGAUUAUAAACUUACUUUGUUUAAGUAGAUUUUAUAAAGUGACAAGAUUUAGAAAUGAGUAAUUGUGGAAUAUAGCUUGUAUGUAUAUGUUGAACUCUUUUGUAUUUGACUUUGCUUUGAUGUAUAUUAUUCUACUUAGAAAAUCAGAUUGUUAUUUAACUAGAAAAAUAGUUUGCGCCUCAGUUACUCAGCUAAUAAGCUAGCUUGAACGCUUUAUAGUUUGUUAGCUAUUCAUUUAGUUAUCUAACUUGCACAAUCGGUUAGUUUGUCUUAGAACUAGCUAUAAUGCUUGUCAGGAUAAAUUAGGCAAUUGUGACUAGGUUAACGCUCUAUAAAGCUAGUUAUGAAGUGAUCUAGCAAGCUAGUGAAUAAACCUUGUCAAUCUAUUCAUGCUGAAAACUAGGCCACACCCUUUCCAAUCUUAAUAUAUCUUUUUACAGAGAAACCUCUAUAAUGUUCUGCGCAGAUGCGAACAAGAAUUCGUCAUGUUCUGCGCAGAUUAUAUUUCUGCCUUCAUCUUUCAUGGAAUUGUAAGCUAUGGUAUGAUACAGUAUACACUAAGAAAGGAUGAGAAACUGUACUCUAUCCCAGGAUUCCCUUUUCUGCAUGGAGGAUUGUCAGGAUUUCUUGGAGCUGGGGCCGUCUUUCCUUUCGACUUCGUGAGACGAGGAGUUAUCGAGGGACAGAUUAAAUUCAGAAAUUCUCUCUCUACGGUUCCAUACGCAGGAGUGUUUUUUGGACUUUACUUUUCGUGUAGGGAGGAAAAUAUUCGGAGUCAGGUAGGAUGGGCGCUUCUCUCCUCCUGCUCAGCUUGUCUGGCAGAGAUUCCCUUCGAUAAGGCGAAGCGUGUGAUGAUGGGAAGCAUGAGGAACAUGUUGGUGAUGAACGGUCUCUACAUCCCCUUCGGUGCUCUUAUCCUUGUUAUGUACGACAAGGCGCUGAUAAACUAUACAAAUAAUCAGAAUAAUAUCAGAUUUAGUGAGACUCAAAAAACUGUGGAAUAAAAAGACUACUAGAAGACUUCAGUUAUGAUUUUAAUUAGUCCAAGAACAUAAAACACAUUAUUUGCAUAGUUAAUAAGUUGACUUUAAAGCAACUGACAAAACUGUUUACUUAUAACAACAUAAAAGUCACAUAAGAUUGCUGAAAUUUUGUCUCAUUCAAAAUUUGUAUGGGGCCCACUGUAUAUUUCAUCAAUCGCCCCCCUGCUGGGAUGAAUAGUCAUAUAGUCACUAGUCAAUAUUUUGUAUACGAUGUUAACAAGCUUUUCUUGGAAUUACUCGUUAUGACCUUUGCAAGAUUACAAGAAAAAAGGUUUAAUUUCUUAUUGAGUUAAAAUUAUAUUUGAUUUUUUUCACAUAUAAUUUUAAAAAAUUGAUUAUAAUUAAUAGUUAAAGUUAGCUAUUAUACCUAGAUUCUUUUUUUGUUUAAUGCAGGGAUUUAAAUUUUCUUGAAUAAUCAUAUCCCUGACCAACACAAAACAACAAUACAUUCAGAUAAACCUAGCUAUUCGAACUGAACCACAUAAUCCAUGCUGUUAACAAUUUGUUAUUGUUAAAGUGUGCUGUACUGUACACAAGAACUUGUUUCAGAUGAAAAAUGUUCUUCUGGGCUGCACAGGAAGUGUAGCUAGUAUUAAAAUACCUGAAAUCCUCGAGAAACUAAAAGAAAACUCUGAAAUAUCCGUUAAACUAGUUGUGACAGAGCAUUCUCAGCAUUUCCUGCCCCCGUUGGAAUCUCUAGGAGUGGAUUAUCUAACUGAUACUCACGAGUGGGAUUGCUGGAAGAGUAGAGGAGAUCCUGUACUACAUAUAGAGCUGAGAAAGUGGGCAGAUAUCUGUAUAGUUGCUCCCCUAGACGCUAACACACUUGCUAAGGUUGCUAAUGGUCAAGCUGAUAACCUGCUAACCUGUGUACUUAGAGCAUGGGACUUCACGAAACCUAUUGUUGUUGCUCCUGCAAUGAAUACCUAUAUGUUUGAGCACCCUGUUACCCGUCCACAGCUUCAGACUAUUCAGGGAUGGGGAUAUACAGUUCUAGAACCACAGGUUAAGACUUUAGUCUGCGGGGAUAAAGGAACUGGAGCUAUGGCCAGUGUUGAAACCAUCCUGGAGUCAAUCAAUUCCGUCCUGGUGUAAUAAACAUGGAUCCAAAGUGAUAAAAAGUGAUGAAGACUCUACUAAUAGCAUUUAGUUUAUUUGUAGGAGUAUGGAGCAUGGAUUAUACAUGUCUCCCUGGAUCAUCUCCCUCCGGUGUAUCCUUACCCAGGGGAGAUAUCUACCUGC